UUGGGAGGAAGCAAGUGCAUCCCGCUCUUCCGGCUGCGUUAAUGGCCGGGUGCGGGGGAGACGCAUCGCUCCGAGGGGCUUCUAUUCUCUCGCCUCCCUUUCUCCCCAGAUGCACUCUCCGCUUCCCCUCCCCUCGCCCCUUUUUGUACGAACGCUCUCUCGGCCGAUUUUUCAUGCUCCGCUAACUGCCGGCGCUUUCACGACCCGCGUGAGCUUUGCUGCCUCAUGAAGAUUUAUGAAACUGCAGUAAUAAACUGUGUUUGAAAAGAUCCUUUUGAUGAUAAAGCCCCGCCGGGCUGCUGGCGGGGGGACCCGGGCGCACCGCGCCGCCGAGCCCGCAGCCGCUCUCGCGGGGCAGCGCCCGCAGCACCGGGAAGGUUUUUGGGGGCCUUUCCCCACCCUGAAGAGCAUCACCUAAAGCACGGUCAGGCUCCGGUGCCCCCGGCGCCUCUGUUUUCCCGGGAAGCAGGCGAUGGCCGGACCCUGCUAGCAGCCCGGGGCCGUGCCCCGGCGCGGGUGACCCCUUCUGCUGGCGGGUGAGGAAGAUGGAUGGAUGAAUCGGCAAAGAGAACCGCGUUCCCUUAACCUCCCGCUGCUCGGAGAGGGGCUGGCCAGGAUUUACCGCGGGAUUUUGGCUGUCGUGGGAGCCCUGCGCUCGGCCAAGGAGCCGCCUCCAGCCCCUGCAGAGCCCCGGGGGGCUGCAGCCCCCAGCCCGCCGGAGCAUUUUCCCGGUCGCCGUGGGAGCCGAGCUGCGCCCGCGGAUCCCGAAAGGACGAGCAGCCACAUGAUCUCCGCGGACGAUGCCGAGUACCCGCGGGAGUACCGGACCCUGGGCAACGGCACCCGGCGCUUCUCCAACGUAGGGCUGGUGCACACCUCGGAGCGCCGGCACACCGUCAUCGCCGCCCAGAGCCUGGAGGCCCUCACCGGCCUCCAGAAGACGGAGAUGGAGCGCAAGAGGGACGCCUUCAUGGACCACCUGAAGAGCAAGUACCCGCAGCACGCGCUGGCGCUGCGGGGGCAGCAGGAGAGGAUGCGGGACCAGCAACCCAACUACUGGAGCUUUAAGACGAGGAGCUCCCGACACUCCCAGGGCUCCCAGCCUGGCUUGGCCGACCAAGCCAAGCUCUCCUUCGCCUCGGCCGAAUCCCUGGAAACGAUGUCGGAAGCGGAGCUGCCCCUGGGGUUCAACAGGAUGAACCGGUUCCGGCAGAGCUUGCCCCUGUCCCGGUCCACCAGCCAGACCAAGCUGCGAUCUCCAGGGGUCCUUUUCCUGCAGUUCGGGGACGAGACGAGGCGCGUGCACAUCACCCACGAGAUCAGCAGCAUGGACACCCUGCACGCCCUCAUCGUGCACAUGUUCCCCCAGAAGCUCACCAUGGGCAUGCUGAAGUCCCCCAACACCGCCAUCCUCAUCAAGGACGAGUCCCGGAACGUCUUCUACGAGCUGGAGGAUGUCCGCGACAUCCAGGACAGAAGCAUCAUUAAAAUCUACCGGAAAGAGCCACUCUACGCCUCGUUCCCAGCCUCCCACAUCACCAACGGUGACCUGAGGAGGGAGAUGGUGUACACAUCCAGGGAAUCGUCUCCCACCCGCCGGCUCAACAACAUGUCCCCGGCGUCCCACCUGGCCUCGGGGUCGCCCCCGCCCGUGCUGCAGUCCUCGUCCCCGUCCCGCUCCCGCAUGUCCUACAGCGGGGGCCGCCCGCCCUCCUACGCCGGCAGCCCCGUGCACCACGGCGAGCGCCUGGCCAGCCUCCCGCCCGCCCCCGGCGUGUCCCCCAGCCCCAGCGCCAUCCUGGAGCGCCGCGACGUGAAGCCCGACGAGGACCUGGCCGGGAAGAACGUGGUGCUGGUGAAGAACGAGGGGCUCUACGCCGACCCCUACGGGAUGGUGCACGAGGGCCGGCUCAGCAUCACCUCCACGCAGUCCCUGGCGGGCAUGGGGGACCCCUUUGGCUACUCGGGGGGGCUGUACAAGCGGGGCUCCGUGCGCUCCCUCAGCACCUACUCGGCGGCGGCGCUGCAGUCGGAGCUGGAGGACGGGCUGUACAAACCCAACGCGCCCAUCUACGGCGACACGUACGGCCCCGGGCUGGGCUUCCGCGUGCCCCCCUCGUCCCCACAGAAGAUGGUGGACGUGCAGCCGGGGCAGAGCCCCCACAGCCCCUACUCGGGGCCCCCCAGCCGCUCCUCGCCCGUCCGCCAGUCCUUCCGCAAGGAUUCCUGCUCCUCGGUGUUCAUGGACAGCCCCGUGGGCAAGACGCGCAACCCCAGCUCCUCCGGCCCCCCCGAGCUCUUCCCCGGCCCCGGCGAGCGCCCGCUCUCGGGGUUUGGCUCCCCGGGACCCGCCAAGGACACGGAGACGAGGGAGCGGAUGGAGGCCAUGGAGAAGCAGAUUGCCAGCCUGACAGGGCUGGUGCAGAGCGCUCUGCUCCGCGGCUCCGAGGCUGAGACCCCCAGCGAGAAGACAGAAGCCACCAACGGUGGGACCCCCCCGUCGGCGUCCACCAGCCGCAGCGGGGGCACCCCGGUGCCCCUGCAGAACCAGGAGACGGUGAAGACGCUGCUGCGGCGGACGGAGACGGAGAUCAGCGUGCGGGUGACGGACACCAUGCGCAAGCACGAGGACCCUCUGCAGCGCCAGCGCAGCCUCGUGGAGGAGGAGCGGCUCCGCUACCUCAACGAGGAGGAGCUCAUCACCCAGCAGCUCAAUGACCUGGAGAAGUCUGUGGAGAAGAUCCAGAAGGAUCUGGCCCACAAUCACCGGCUGAUCCCUGUGCAGGAGCUGGAGGAGAAGGCGGUGGUGCUCAAGCAGCUGGGGGAGACGCUCACAGACCUGAAGGCCCAGUUCCCCAGCCUGCAGAGCAAGAUGCGGGUGGUGCUGCGGGUGGAGGUGGAAGCUGUGAAGUUCCUCAAGGAGGAGCCGAACCGGCUCGAUGGGCUCCUCAAACGCUGCAAGACAGUGACAGACACCCUCGCCCAGAUCCGCAGGCAAGUGGACGAGGGCGUGUGGACCUCCCCCAGCAACCUCAGCCAAUCCCCCAAGAAGGUGGCCCCCGAGACGGACUUCAGCAAAGGGCUGGAUUUGGAGAUGCCCACCAGCCCCCCCGUGAGCCUGGGCAUGCCCAGCUUCGGGCACAGCCCCCCCCAGACCCAGAGCCACCCCUCCAAGAGCAAUAACCCUGCCCGAGCCCCGGAGAUGGUGCCCGCCAAGACACAGACGGGGCCGGAGACCCCCAGCAAGAAGAGCGCGGACAAAGCUGUGUCCGUGGAGGCGGCCGAGCGGGACUGGGAGGAGAAACGGGCAGCGCUGACCCAGUACAGUGCCAAGGACAUCAACCGGCUCCUGGAGGAGACGCAGGCCGAGCUCAUGAAGGCCAUCCCCGACCUGGAAUUCGCUGCCAAGCACAAACAAGCCCCGGGCAGCGGCAGCGCCGCCUCCACCCCCGAGCACAAACCCUCCAAGCCGCAGCACGCGCCGAAAUCGGGGGGCAAAGGGGACCCCAACGGCCGCCGGGGCUCAGACGAGCUGACGGUGCCGCGGUACCGGACCGAGAAACCCUCCAAAUCCCCCCCACCUCCCCCUCCACGCCGGAGCUUCCCCUCGUCCCACGGGCUGACCACCACCCGCAGCGGAGAGGUCAUCGUCACCAGCAAGAAGGAGCCCGGGUUUAUGAAGAAGGCCGAGUCGGAGGAGCUGGAGACGCAGAAGCCACAGGUGAAGCUGAGGAGGACGGUGUCCGAGGUGGUCAGGCCGGCCUCCACCCCCCCCAUCAUCGCCUCGGCCAUCAAGGACGACGACGACGAGGAUCGGAUCAUCGCCGAGCUGGAGAGCGGCGGCGUGUCCAUCCCGGCCAUGAAGGUGGUGAAUCCGGCGUCGCGGCUGAAGCAGAGCCAGCAGGGCAGCCCCGACAAGAGCAAGCACAUAAAGCAGCGGAUGGAGUACAUGCGCAUCCAGGGCCAGCAGCAGGCCACUAGACCAUCUAAAGAGGCCAGUGAGACUUCCCCCACGGUCUCAGAAAAACCCGCAUCUGGCAGAACAUCCAUCCCCGUAUUGACUUCCUUUGGGGCAAGGAACUCCUCCAUCUCAUUCUGAGCAUCCUUGCCAGCUCCAACCCAACCGCUCCCGGGGGGCCGGGCCUCUCUCUUCCUUGGGCUCCUCUUCCUCCCUGGGACUUUGUCUUCUUGAGGCACCUGGAGGGAUCGCCACCUCUCCCUCUCUUUCUGUUUUAUCAAUGUCUUGCUCCACUGUGGCCGACCUCGUGUCUCGCCUCCGCUCCGCCACGGCCCGACUUGUGUCUCGCCUCCGCUCGCCACGGCCCGACUCCCGUCUCCCAUCUCGCUCCGCAAUGGCCAACCAGCCACUUUCUGUUUCUCUCUCUCUCCCUCUCUCUCUUUUUCUUUGCUUUCUCCCUUUUCCUUUCCUUUGGAUCGCUGUUGGUUUGGUUUUUCUCCUGCCC